CACUUUCCUCCCAAAAACCCUACACAAAACCCUAGACUUCAUUGUCCCCAAAUUUCCCACAAAUUAUUGAGAGUAUUACGAUUCCAUUCCUAAUUUGAAACUAGUCUUCAGUUCUUACAGCUUAAUGGUCUCUCACUCUUCUCCAUUUUCACCUGAGCUUGCAAAAAAUGUUGUCCUCCGUUCCUUUACUUGUUUCUUCGUCUCUUCUGCUGCUGCUGCUGCUGUUGCUGCACCCGACGGCGUCGCAUUCGCUCGCCGGUCCUCAUAUCGCAGAUGUCAAUGUCCUUUUGCCUCCUAGAAUGACACACCCUGUUGAAUACAGGCUUCAGGGCGCCGACGGCUGCUUCAAAUGGUCAUGGGACCAUCACGAUAUACUGUCGGUAAUCCCGGAGUACAAUUCGAGUAUCCAGUGCUCCACGAGUGCGCGUUUGAAGUCCAUAGCUCCAUAUGGUGGACGGAAGGAGACUGCUGUUUAUGCAACCGAUUUGAACACUGGAAUGGUGAUUCGUUGCAAGGUUUAUAUCGAUAAAAUAUCCAGGGUUCAGAUAUUUCAUAAUUCUAUUAAGCUUGACCUUGAUGGGCUCGCCACUCUUCGCGCUCGGGGCUUUGAUAGUGAAGAAAAUGUGUUUUCCUCAUUAGUGGGCCUGCAAUUCAUGUGGCAAUUGAUUCCUGGAAUCCAUGGGACACCCCAUAAUCUCGUUUAUGUUCCUUUGAAAGAUUCUCCAUUGAGUGAUUGCAGUGAAUUUUGUGGUGACUUAGAUAUCCAAGUCAAGCUUGAAGAAAGUGGUGUUUUUUCGGACUUGUAUGUAGUGAAAGGAAUUGAAAUUGGUCAUGAGAAUGUGCAUGUUAAUUUGUUAGAGCCAUCUAUGGAUCAUUUAAAAGAUGAGAUUGUUUUGACAGUUGCUGAAGCAAUGUCUAUGGAUCCUCCAUCACCGGUACAUGUCCUUAUUGGGGCAGUUGUUCAUUAUACACUUAAAGUCAUUCGCAGUAAUACUCCUCAUGUAGUAAGUUUGCCAUCCCAAUUCCAUCAGUGGUCAGUUUUGAACUCUUCAGUUGCUCAGGUGGACAGAGCUAUGGGUACAGUUGAAGCCUUAAACUUAGGGAUGACAACAGUUGUUGUUGAAGACACUAGGGUUGCUGGACACAUGCAAAUAUCAUCUCUUCGUGUUGUCUUACCGGAUAACUUGUUGUUAUUUAUGUCUCCUCUAACUGCUUCUGGUGGCCACAUUGAUGGUAUUGAGCCAAUCCCCUUGGUGACAAGGUGGUAUGUUGUGGUGGGUCGUUUAUAUCUCAUUCAUGUUAAGGUUUUUUCAGGACCUGGAACACAAGAAAUUUUCAUAACGGAAAAUGAUGAGAUAGAGCUCCAUGAUAAUCAGGAAGAAUUCUGGGAUGUUCUUCCUGUUUCUGAAGGUGCUGUGGCUAAGAGAGAAUAUAGGCUUCUGAAAGCAAAUUCGUAUGGACUGGGAAAGAUUACAGCAACUCUGGCUUACAUCACUGGGCAUGAUACAGGGAAAGAAGUUCUCAAGGUUGUUCAGGAAGUCAUGGUAUGUGAGCAAGUUAGGCUUAAUAUGGAAGGAGAUGGGAGUGUCUCUAACACAAUAUUCCUCCCAUGGGUCCCUGGUAUUUAUCAGGAGCUGGAGCUUAGAGCAAAUGGAGGCUGUGCCAUAACUUCAAGUGAUUAUAAGUGGUUUUCUUCAGAUAUGUCAGUUGUAUCUGUAUCUGUCUCUGGUGUUGUUCAGGCAAAAAAACCUGGAAAAGCAAUUAUUAGAGCGGUGUCAAUCUAUGAUUCAUUGAAUUAUGAUGAGGUAGUCAUUGAAGUUUCUAUCCCUUCUUCAAUGAGCAUGUUGCCUGACUUCCCUGUGGAGGUGCCUGUUGGGUCAUAUCUUCAAGCUUCAGUGACAUUGAAAGCAUCAAGCGGUGUCCAUUUCUAUGCCUGCGAUGCUUUCAGGUCCUUCAUAAUUUGGAAAACUGAGAGUAAGUCUUUCAUAGUUGUCAAUGCAACUGAGGGAUCACAUUUUUCAGGCAAACCAGAAGCUAUCAAACUCCAAUCCUUGCCUGGUGGUUCCCAAUGCGCAUGGACCCAUAUAUAUGCUUCCAGUGCUGGUCGUACUGUGGUUCAUGCUACAUUAAAUAGAGAAAGUCAACAAUAUGACCAUACUUAUAGUGGACCUGUUGUCCUGAAAACAUUUGCACAGAUUGCUGCGUAUUCACCACUUAUUGUUCAUCAGGCAAGUGAUGGCAACCAGUUUGGUGGUUACCGGUUUGAUUUGGCUGAUGCUGAAUCUCAAACUCAGCUCAGCAGCUUGGAGUAUUUAUAUCUUGCACCUGGCACUCAUGCUGAUGUAAUGGUUCAAGGGGGGCCUGAAAGGUGGGGCAAGAAUGUUGAAUUCAUUGAAAAUGUGGAAGUGUUCGAUGGAGAUGAUUCUUAUAAAAAAGGUAGAAUGCUCAUUCAUCAAAUGUCUAAUAGCAACGGUAAUCCAUACAGAAUAGGAUGUGAAGGUUUUGGAACCUUUAGACUUGUUUUCAAACGUGGUAAUUUGAUGGGGGAAGGGCAUCAUUUGCCCGCUGUAUCUGAGGUGCAGCUUACACUCAUGUGUAAUUUGCCGUCUUCCAUUGCAAUAGUAGCUGAUGAACCUUUGAAUACUGCCCCAGCAGUACAGUCUGCUGCAAAGGCUGAGCGGUUGCCAGGAAGAGUUCGAGCAUCUCCAGUUACAGUUGCCAAUGGACGCAGAAUAAGGAUAUCAGCUGUUGGUCUCAGUGAUACUGGAAGGGCUUUUGCUAAUGCAUCUUCUCUCAUUGUAAGGUGGGAACUAACUGAUUGUGAAGGCCUGUUGCUGUUGGAUGAAGCCUACAGUUCAACAGCACCUUCCACAUGGGAAAGAUUUUUUAUCUUGCAAAAUACAUCAGGACUUUGCGUUGUCCGUUCCACUGUUACUGGCUUUGUGGAUUCUAAAAACCACCUUGAUUCUUCCAUGAUAAGUUCUAAUGACUUUCUCACUGAUGCAAUCCAGCUGCAGCUUGUUUCUUCUCUCAGAGUCAGUCCAGAGUUCAGCUUCUUGUUUUUCAGUCCUGAAGCUAGGAUGAAUAUCAAUAUAACUGGAGGAAGCUGUUUAUUGGACACACUGGUGAAUGAUACUCAGAUUGUGGAAGUAAUACAUCAAAUACCUGCUUAUCAAUGUUCACAGGUAAUGAUAGCCCCAAAAGCCCUGGGUUCUGCUCUCAUUACAGUUCACGAUACUGGGGUUGUUCCUCCUCUUACUGCUUCAGCCACAGUACAAGUGACUGAGAUGAACUGGAUUGAACUCUUAACCGGAGAACACAUAAGCAUCGAGGAGGGAAGUUUUCGAACUAUUAAUUUUUUGGUUGGGGUUGAAGGAGGGCAUACUUUUGAGCCUUCCCAGUAUGUUUACAUGAAUAUUCACAUUCAUAUCAAAGAUGCCAUAGUUGAUGUUUCAGAGGAGCAUGAUUAUCCUGUAUUGGCUAAUAGAUACGUUAAUGCCCCAAAUUUCACUUUACGAGCAUCACGUCUUGGGGAGACAGUGAUAUACCUCAGUGCAAUUCAGCACUCUGGACGCAAAAUACAGAGCCCACGUGUGACGGUGGAGGUAUAUGCACCUCCAAGAAUACAUCCCAGUGAUAUAUUCCUCGUACCAGGAGCUUCAUAUGUUCUCACGGUUAGAGGAGGCCCUAAAAUAAGUUCUCAUAUUGAGUAUGCCAGUAUCGAUAACCAGACUGCUCAAAUUCACAAGGUCUCGGGGAGAGUCUCGGCAAUUUUACCAGGGAAUAGCACCAUAGUUGCCACCAUUUAUGGUGAUGGUGGUAUCAUUCUUUGCCAUGCCUAUGCUAUUGUCAAGGUAGGGCUUCCGUCAUCAGCCAUAUUAUAUGCUCAGAGCCCGCAACUUGCCAUUGGAAACAGGAUGCCGAUAUUCCCUUCUUUGUCUGAAGGAAACUUACUAUCCUUUUACGAGCUCUGUGGGAAUUACAUGUGGACUUUGGAAGAUGAAGAUGUGUUGAAAUUUGUGGGAAGCAAUUCACAAACUAUAGCGCAAAGCUCUGUGAAAGCCCUUCAACCUUCUGAUUCCCGGGGUAGCCCAGACCUUACUUUUAUUCAAGUUCUUCUUGGAAAGUCUUCUGGCAGGACAAAUGUUACAGUUUCAUUCUCCUGUAACUACACUUUCUCUAAUUCUGUCUCAAAAUCUGUGUUCUACAGUGCAUCUACGUCAUUGUUGGUGAUAGCUGAUCUACCUCUUGCACUUGGAUUACCCAUUACUUGGGUCCUUCCCCCAUACUAUACUACUUCAGAUCUUUUACCAUUGUCCUCACAUGCCAAUGGGAAAGAGGAUUCUCUGGGUGUCCAAGCAGUUGCUUAUUCUUGGUCGGGACAGAGUGGGAGGAAGACUGAUGUAGCACAAGAUGAUGACAUGCAGAUUUAUGGAUCCAAAAUUAUAACUAGGAACUCUGGCAAUCUUGGUUGCAUUCAGGCAUCAGAUAGGUCAACUGGAAGGACUGAAAUUGCAACUUGUGUAAGGGUCGCUGACCUAGACCAAGUCAGAAUAAUGACCGAAGAAUUCCCAGUCCACAUACUAGCUGUUGGUGAUGAGAUUGAUCUUCCAAUAAUGUAUCAUGACACUCUUGGAAAUCCGUUCUAUGAGGCACAUAACAUUACUCUGUUUGAAGUGGAAACGAACUAUCCUGAUAUUUUGACAAUCGGUGAUAGUGAUGACCGUGGGAACAUCCAUAUUUGGGCAAAACGCCAAGGGACUGCUCUUGUUCGAGUAGCCUUUGUCCACAAUCCUCAGAAAUGCAUCUAUGCAGUGAUUUCUGUGGGUCCGCAGUUGUAUCCACAAAAUCCAGUCAUCCAGCAAGGAUCUGGUAUUAAUUUCAAUGUAAAAGGUUUAGCUGAUGCACAAUCUGGCCGCUGGUCUAGCACCAAUGAAAGUGUUGUAUUCAUCGAGAGGCUAUCUGGAAAAGCUGAAGCAAUUGGAGAAGGUACUACUCAUGUAAACUUUGAGAGUUCGGGUUUUAAGCUUUACACAACUGUUACAGUGUUGAAAGGCAGUAUUCUCUCGGUCGAUUCUCCCGGAGAGAUACUUACAAAUGUGCCAUUUCCUGCAAAAGGGUAUGCCUUCUCCAUAAAAUUUGAUGGCCCUCACCGCCACUCUCAUGAAGCAACUGAGAACGAUGCACAGUUCUUGUUUGAGUGUUCUGUUGAUCCUCCUAGUAUUGGCUUUGCAAAGCCAUUAAGGGAUCUCACCUCUGGUAGUAAUUAUUGCUUGUUCUUCGCCCACUCUCCAGAGCAUUUGGCUCGAGCUUUUGCCAGUUCAGGCAAUGACCUACAGCAUGCUUCUGUUUAUGUUAAGGCUUCACUCCAUGGGGACUCUCGUAUAUCUGGUUCUGCAUCUGCACUCUUCAUCGGAGGAUUUACCAUACUUGAAAUGGACAGACACACUUUACACCUAAACCUGACUCGGGGUUCCAACAAGAGCAUCCUUACCCUGGUUGGAAACACAGACAUCGAACUCAACUGGCACGACAAGAGUCGCCUGUCGGUCAGGCCUAUCCACAGGGAAGAUGGGGAACUGGGAAAGCAUGUGCAGUAUGAGAUUAAAGCUGACGGAGCCGAGAGUUUUAGAGAUCAUAUUAUCUUCUCUGUUCCGGCCAUCCAUCAGAGAGUUGAAAUCAAUGUCAAUUACGACCCAGACGAGAGGCAAGCAGUAGUAAAACCAGGAAAUAUGACCAUCUUGGUUGGUGUAUCUGUUCUCCUCUUAGUGACAACGAUUACUGUGACGUUCGUUAUUUGGUACCUCGACAGACCUGAUAGAGUGCAGCCCCGUGGUGCCUCCUUCAGCGCCGGUGCUAGCGUUGCUGCACCUGUCACUCCCGAGCGCAGCAGCCGCCCUGCUGCUGCGAGCGACUAUUCUCCUCGGACACCACAGCCGUUCAUAGACUAUGUUCGGAGAACCAUAGACGAAACUCCAUACUACAGGCAAGACUUCAGGCGGAGAGUCAAUCCCCAAAACACAUUUUAGCCUCAUAGGUGAAGGGGAAGGAGCAAUUUGGUUCGAGUCCGAUUAUUUCUGUGUGGCUGGCAAGGCAUAAUUUUUACAAUGUAAGAGCAAGUAAAUCUGUGUAGGCACGUUUUGAUGUAGAAUUAUGUAUGAAAGAAUGACUCUGCAGUGUUUUAGGGAAUGAAAACUUGCUUGUUGUACUAGUUUUGGCUGAGAAAACUCGACGCCCCUGGCCCGGCCCCGGCCCCGGCCCCAUCUGUAAAGUCGUGUUUUUCGCGCAAAGCAAAUGACGAACACGCUUUCUCAUUGUCAGCGGAGUUCUUUUAAA